AGAAGGGCAGUGACCCAAGGCAUCGGCCUUCCAAACCAGCCGAACCCCCCCACUCUGACUGUCCCCGAAUUAUCCCUAUCGAAGACACCGUCAAAUGAGCUGGUCUCUCCAAGCGAUACUGAGAAAAGCAUAGUCUUGAAAAAACUCCCUCAAGAGUUCGGUUGCCUAAGGAGUUGGCGCGGAUCAUUGAUUCUGCUUGUCACUUCAGGCUCGCAGUUCCUUGACAAUGUUUUCAUGACUAGCUCAAACAUGGCACUGGCGUCAAUCCAGGAGGAGUUCAAAGUUUCCAAUACCGAUUUACAAUGGAUGAUAUCUGCGUACACCCUAUCGUUUGGAGGCCUUCUAUUACUGGCUGGAUCCUUAUCUGAUCGAUUUGGACGGAAAAAAAUCCUCUGUCUGGGCCUCUUUUGGUUGAGCCUGUGGACUCUUGCGGUCGGACUCGGCCAAUCUUUCAUACAAAUCACAAUUUUCCGUGGAAUCCAGGGAGUCGGAGCGGCAAUGACAGUUCCAUCUGCGAUUGGAAUUAUUAGCUCCUAUUUCACAGGCGUGGAUCGGACUCGCGGGCUUUCAAUUUACGCCGCCUCUGGGACAUUGGGAUUCUGCGCCGGUCUUAUCCUUGGUGGGUUUCUGACCUCUUCAUUGGGGUGGAGGUACAUAUUUUAUCUCAUUGUCAUAAUAACCGGUGCACUUGGUACUCUGGGAAUGAUUGUUCUGCCCAAAGAUCCCGGUGCCGAUGAGAAAAAGCCCAAAAUGGAUUAUCUCGGGGCAUUUCUUUCCACGACUGGUCUUAUUUUACUGCAGUUUGUGCUUUCCAGUGGGGGUGUUUAUGGAUGGGGGUCACCAUUUAUCAUUGUCCUCUUGGUAUUAUCGGUCGCCAUCUUGGUUUCUUUCACCCUGCUGGAAAAGUAUGUCAGCAAUCCGCUCAUGCCCCUCUCGCUGUGGAAGAUCAGAAAUUUUGCCGGUCUGUGGAUUGCAGGUUUCACCUGCUAUGGCAGCUAUCAGAAUGUUAUCUACUACAUUGUGCUUAUGGCACAGAAAGUGGACGGUCUUUCUGCAGGUGAUACCGCCAUUCGAUUUCUCCCGAUGGGUGCCAUUGGUUUCAUUGCUUCCAUGGGAACGGGGAAGAUACUCGAAUAUACAAAUGGCAAAUACUGUCUCAUCGCGGGUCUGAUACUUACAGUAUUGGCUCCCGUACCGAGUGCAUUGACCGCGACCUCGUCGACCGAUUUUUGGGUCAAUACUCUUGCGACAUCUCUAAUCAGCAUCACCGCGGUGUCGCUCAUUUUCGUUACCACUAGCACGACGAUUCUGACUAGUGUCCCGGUCGAUGUUAAAAGUUUGUGCGGGGGAAUGCUUAAUACGGCGUUCCAAAUAGGCUCUGGAGUUGCCCUGGCUAUUUCUGCAGCGACAACUCAAACCGUGGAUAUCGAAAAGGGACAUGACAUCGCCCAACAGUAUGCUACAGGUCUCUGGUGCUCUACUGGUAUAGCUGGCCUGGGACUAGCUAUUGGUAUUUUGGCGGUGCGAAGGAAAGGGAUCGGCCCCAAUGAUAGAAUGGGAGAGUCUGUUGUACUUUGA